UUUUCUUUUCUUUCUCCUUCUUCCUCCCGUCCCCUCGAUCUCUCUUUUCCCCUUCUUCCCCGCAGCGCAACGCAACCCCCCCGGUAGAUCCGAUCCAGGCGAUCCCGCUCGACGGGAUCAUGGACUCCUCCUCGUCCUCCUCCUCCACGGCGCAGCAGCCCGACUUCGACUACCUCUUCAAGCUGCUCCUCAUCGGCGACUCCGGCGUCGGCAAGAGCAGCCUGCUCCUCCGCUUCACCGCCGACUCCUUCGAGGACCUCUCACCGACCAUAGGUGUCGACUUCAAGGUCAAGAUGGUUAACAUUGCCGGCAAAAAGCUCAAGCUUGCCAUCUGGGACACAGCUGGACAGGAAAGAUUCAGGACAUUGACCAGCUCGUACUACAGAGGGGCGCAAGGAAUCAUUAUGGUUUAUGAUGUCACUCGACGAGAAACAUUCACAAAUCUUUCUGAUAUAUGGGCGAAGGAAAUAGACCUAUAUUCAACCAACCAGGAUUGUAUAAAGAUGCUUGUCGGAAAUAAAGUGGACAAGGAAAGUGAAAGAGCUGUCACAAAAAAAGAAGGCAUUGAAUUUGCCAGGGAAUACGGAUGUUUAUUUCUUGAAUGCAGUGCGAAAACCAAAGUAAAUGUAGAACAGUGCUUUGAGGAACUUGUGUUGAAGAUAUUGGACACGCCAAGCCUGCUGGCGGAUGCUUCUUCGGGGGCCAAGAAGAACAUCUUCAAGCAGAAGGCACCAGAAGCUGAUGCUGCCGCAGGCGGGUGCUGUUAACAUGUUGGUGACGCUAAUCAAGGAUAUAUCAUGCCGAUGAUGAAAAGUCUUAAUUUGUUAAGUGAUAAGCUUGUUUGUGUCAAUUUAUUUUGCUUUGGUCUUGUUCCUGUAUAUCUCCAUGUUGAAUUUACCUUGGGAUCAUGCAUACACAAAAAGAUAGUCCCCUCCAUUACGUUGCCAGAAGCUAUAUAAUGUACUCGUUAAGCUAUGUUCACUUUGCAGAAAGUGAUAAGCUUGUUUGUGGGAGAAUGAAUUAUGAGUGUUAGUUGCCCCA